AUGAGCUCAGCCCCAUUUGAACUUGAGCAGGUGUCAGGAAUGAAUGCUCAGUGGGACCCUUCGGGGUCUGUACCCGCCAAUGAGGUUUUGACACAUGGAAAUCUCGUCUACAUGGCCCAACUCCCCAUGCCCACGACUUCAGACUUCUUACGGGUCAUGCGUGGCUCAAUUUCUGCUAGCAAGGAUCGUGCUGUUAAAGGAGAUAAAGAUGAAGAUGUCUUCGAUUCCGAUGGAGACAUUGUUUAUCGCGUUGACAACUAUGACAAGAAGUGCAGCAACAAGGUCUAUCUCAUGGAUCUUCGAGGCAGAGUUCUUGUUACAAUACGAAGGAAGAGGUUACAUUGUUUUGGAUGUUGGUAUGGUUAUCGAUGGGAUUCUUAUGCCAACAAGGAGAAGCCAUGGUUUCAAGUGAAGAAAUAUUGCAGAUUUAUUUGUAUGGGAAGUUUUGCCUGUCAAGUUACUGUAGGAUUUGAGAAAUAUUGGGUAGAGAAAUUGGCUAGCAAAACAGCAUUUAGAAUCGUAGGCAUUGAUGGAAAUGUUAUUGCAGAGGUGAAGCAAAAACAAUUAUCUUCGGGGAUCACGCUGGGAGAUGAUGUGCUAACUUUGGUUGUGGAGCCUCACGUAGAUCAUUCCCUGAUAAUGGCAAUCGUGACUGUCUACGGAUUGAUCAAACAUAAGCUGUAG